GCGGAUAGUUUUGAUUUUCUGUUCAGAAGGACAUCUCUUUCAUUGUGUAUAUCGCAAUUAUUAAGAAUUAGAUUGAUAUUCGAUUUAAUUCUUUGAAUGUUUUGUAUUGAAUAGGUCAUGAAUUUUACUGAGCCCUGGUGUGAUACUUGUUCUACCGUUGGUUACGCUGCUAGAUUAGGAAAUGUAGAUCUUCUUGAAAAUUUGAUUAAUGAGAAAAAACCUGUAGAUGUUGCAGAUAAUAGAGGAUGGCGUCCAUUACAUGAAGCUGCAGCAGCCUCUCCUACUAUUGAUUGUUUAGAAAUGCUCCUAAAAUAUGGUGGGACAGAUGUUAAUUGGACUACUCAUGAAGGAGAAAGUGCUCUUCUGCUUGCUUGUAAAAGACGACAAGGAACUGAAGCUGAUGCAUAUGUAAACUUGCUUUUACGGUAUGGAGCUGAUCCUAAUAUUUUGGAUAAUGAAGAAGACAGCCCUUUAUUAGAGGCUGUUCGAAAUGCAAACAAAUAUGUGGUAGAACAACUCAUAACUGCUGGAGCAAAUGUAAAUGCUACUGAUUGCAGCAAAUGGUCUCCUUUACAUGAAGCUGCAACCAAACAAGAUCCUACUAUAUUACAUCUAUUGCUGAAUAGUAAUGCCAUUAUUAAUAUUCAAGAUGAAUGUGGUAUGACACCAAUAUUCACUGCUGCACAGCAUGGUUGUGAAAGCUGCCUGAAAAAACUUUUAUCUGUUGCCAAAGAAAGAAAUCAAGAAAAUGUGGUGAACAUUGGUGCUGAGGAUUGGGCCACUCCAUUAAUGAUAGCUGCUCAGCGAGGUUUUGUAAAUUGUGUUAAAAUUCUCAUCGAUUAUGGUGCAGACCCUGAUUUGAAAACAUCAGAUAAUGCUACAGCAUUACAUUUGGCAGUUCAAGGUGAUAAUAAAGCGUGCUUAGAGAUUUUGCUAGAAAAGAUGAGCCUGGAGCCUCUCAUCAAAGCUUUUCAUCCUUCUACCUAUGAAGACAUCGAUAUGAUAUGUCCUGUGCACCUCGCUGUGGAAUGGGGCAGUUAUGGAUCUCUGGAAGCUCUUCUGACUGCUGGAUUUUCACCAGAUAGUCUUUAUACAAUCAGUGAUCUGGCAUUAUCAAGAAUGAUCGCAUACCAGCCCAAAUUGGAGACUGCAGUAUCUUAUGCAGCAUUUAAAAGUGACAAAACAUCUGUUUCUAUCUUAUUAGCUGCUGGAGCAAGUUGCAACCCUCCUGUUCCAGAGUCUUGUCAUCCACUUUUAAGAACCCUGUUACAUCCAGAACCAAAUGUUUUCAACAUUUUUAUAGAAAGUGGCAGCAAUGUGAAUUAUCAAAGGCAUAAUGGAGCUUCAAAUGAAGUCUUCCUGUAUUCUCUUUUGACUAGCUUUACUUAUUUAAAAUUGUUAUUAUUUUAUGGUUGUGAUCCUAACCUGUGCUUUCAAAAUGAAAGUGAAGUAUUAUUUUUCAUAAGAUGUGCUGGAUAUUUUCUUCGAAGGGAAAGUAUAUCAAUAAGUGAAUUUUUCAAGCUUAUGCUGCGGUUUCUUUUGAACUCAAAAAAAGUUCAAUAUGCAUUUCUUGAACUGAACAACUUAUUUGCUGGAGAUGUAGGCGAUAUUCUAGAGGAAUUAAAUAGGCCAUCCUCAUUAAAGCACAUUUGUUCUGUGAGACUGCGACAGCAUUUGUAUUCCAUUCACGGAGUAAAACUACCUCAUGUAAUUAAACAUUUAUGUUUACCUCUUGUUAUAGAAGAGUACAUGAUAUGUGAAGAUUUAAAAUUUCCACCUGGCUAAUCUUUAACUCUUCUUAUUAACUGUUACAUUGUUAAUGCUACAAUUUCAUUUGUAAAUAUGAUGCAGAUAAUUGCUUUGAAAAUGCUUAAGGGAAUCUAAAAAUUCAAAUUGUGUAAAAUUAUACUUAAAAAAUAAGAUAAUGCAGUAACAUGGUAAAUACCAUUUGCAUUUGUAUAUGUUUUUAAAUAUGAUAAAGUAUUGACAGUUUAGCUUUUUUUUUUUCUCCAGAAAUUAUUUAUUUUCUUUCAUUUUACUAUUAUUGUUAUUUCAUUUCAUUUACUGUCAUAUAUAUAAUUGAAACAUAUAACAUAGUACAAUUGACAUAAUAUUUUAUUACAUUUUAUAUUUCAAUCACAAAAAUAUUUCCAGACAAAAAAUCUGCUUUGUAAUAAUCAUUUAGAAGUAUGUAUAUCCACUUCUUUAAGUAAAAUUAAUAAAUAAAGCCGAAGUUUUAUAUUCUCUUAUUCCUAAGUAUAACAGUAUUGAAUUCAUUUUUCUUUGAUAUCUGUGAUGGUUAUUUUAAGGGAUUGUAUUUGUAUUCAAUCAGCAUCUCAUCUGGAGUCCUUUCCUACCUUUUUUUUUUUUUUUUUUUUUUUGUUUGUUUGUUUGUUUCACUUCUUAGAUGUUUUUUCAAAUACAGUAAUGAAAUAUUUCUUGGCAUCAUUUUCAAAAAGUAAUAUUUGUGCCCUUUUUAA